AUGAGCACCGAAAAACGAAGGCUAGUCGAGGAGUUGCACGUGCCCGCGAGAAGAAACUUCCCGCGUCGUCGCGUCGCGGUACGCGGGUACGACGACCUGUGGCAGGCGGAUGUGGUCGAGAUGCGUCCUUACGCGAGACUCAACAAAGACAACAACUACAUACUCACCGUUAUCGACGCGUUAAGCAAAUACGUACCAACAAGGAAAGGAAAGGAAUUCUACAACGCCGAGGUGCGAAAGUUCGCGGAAAAGCGCGAAGUGAAUCAUUACUCGACGUACUCGGUGAUGAAGGCGUCGAUCGUCGAACGAUUCAAUUGCACGCUCAAAAAUUCUAUGUGGAAGUACUUCACGCUGAGCGGAACGUACAAGUGGAUCGACGAGUUAUCUCGGCUCGUCGAGAAGUACAAUACGCGAAAACAUCGCACUAUAGAUAUGAGACCCGUCGACGUGACUCCAGCGAUCGCCGAUAAACUUUUAAAUACGGUAUACAGCAAUAUAAAAAUCGCGGCUCCGGCAAAAUUGAAAGUAGCCGAUCCGGUACGCGUCAGCAAGUUUAAGACGAUCUUCGAGAAAGGCUUCACACCUAACUGGACCACCAAGAUUUUUCGAAUAACCAAGAUACAACGGACUAAUCUCGUAACGUAUCUGCUGAAGGAUUCGCGCGGCGAGCCGAUCGCCGGAGGAUUCUACGAACACGAGUAG